AGGCGGAAGUAGCGCCGGGACCGCGGAGCCUCCAUCGGGCUCCGCCGGCCGCCUCAGCCAUGGACGCGUCCCUGGAGAAGAUAGCAGACCCUACAUUAGCUGAGAUGGGAAAAAACUUGAAAGAGGCCGUGAAGAUGCUAGAGGACAGUCAGAGAAGAACAGAGGAGGAAAAUGGAAAGAAGAUAUCAGGAGAUAUUCCGGGGCCACUCCAAGGCAGCGGACAAGACAUGGUGAGCAUCCUCCAGGUAGUCCAGAAUCUGAUGCACGGAGAUGAGGAUGAGGAGCCCCAGAGCGCCCGAAUCCAGAAUAUUGGAGAACAAGGUCAUAUAGCUUUGCUGGGGCAUAGUCUGGGAGCUUAUAUUUCGACUCUGGACAAAGAGAAGCUUAGAAAACUUAUGACCAGGAUACUUUCAGACACUACGUUAUGGCUGUGCAGAAUUUUCAGGUAUGAAAAUGGCUGCGCUUAUUUCCACGAAGAAGAAAGAGAAGGACUUGCAAAGAUUUGUAGGCUUGCUAUUCAUUCUCGUUACGAAGACUUUGUAGUGGAUGGUUUCAAUGUGUUAUAUAACAAAAAACCUGUCAUAUAUCUUAGUGCUGCUGCUAGGCCUGGCCUGGGCCAGUACCUUUGUAAUCAGCUCGGGUUGCCCUUCCCCUGCUUGUGUCGUGUGCCAUGUAACACUAUGUUUGGAUCCCAGCAUCAGAUGGAUGUUGCCUUCCUGGAGAAGCUGAUUAAAGAUGAUAUAGAACGCGGAAAACUGCCCCUUUUGCUUGUAGCAAAUGCUGGAACUGCGGCAGUAGGGCACACAGAUAAGAUUGGACGUUUGAAAGAACUCUGUGAGCAGUAUGGCAUAUGGCUUCACGUGGAGGGUGUGAAUCUGGCAACCUUGGCUCUAGGUUAUGUCUCCUCAUCAGUUCUGGCUGCAACCAAAUGUGACAGCAUGACACUGACUCCGGGUCCAUGGCUGGGUUUGCCGGCUGUCCCUGCAGUCACCCUUUAUAAACACGACGAUCCUGCCUUGACUUUAGUUGCCGGUCUUACAUCAAACAAGCCAGCAGACAAACUCCGUGCCCUGCCACUGUGGUUGUCUUUACAGUACUUGGGCCUCGAUGGGAUUGUGGAGAGGAUUAAGCAUGCCUGCCAACUGAGUCAACGGUUACAAGAAAGUCUGAAGAAAGUGAACCACAUCAAAAUCUUGGUGGAAGAUGAGCUCAGCUCUCCAGUAGUGGUGUUCAGGUUUUUCCAGGAAUUACCAGGCUCAGAUCCAGUGCUUAAAGCCGUCCCUGUGCCCAACAUGGCACCUUCGGCAGUCGGCCGGGAAAGACACUCGUGUGAUGCCCUGAAUCGCUGGCUGGGAGAGCAGCUCAAACAGCUGGUGCCCGAGAGCGGCCUCACGGUCAUGGAUCUGGAAGUGGAGGGCGUGUGCAUCCGGUUCAGCCCUUUGAUGACAGCAGCAGUUUUAGGCACUCGGGGAGAGGAUGUGGAUCAAGUCGUGGCCUGCAUCCAGAGCAAGCUGCCCAUCCUCACCUGCACACUGCAGCUACGGGAGGAGUUCAAGCAGGAGGUGACAGCAGCGGCAGGUCUCCUGUACGUCGAUGACCCGAACUGGCCUGGAAUAGGGGGUGUCAGGUAUGAACAUGCUAAUGAUGAUAAGAGCAGUUUGAAAUUAGAUCCAGAAGGGGAAAAAAUUCAUGCUGGACUCCUGAAAAAGUUAAAUGAACUGGAAUCUGACCUUACAUUUAAAAUGGGCCCGGAGUAUAAAAGCAUGAAGAGCUGUAUUUACGUUGGCAUGGCGAGCGACGACGUGGAUAUUUCUGAACUAGUGGGGACCAUUGCAGUCACAGCCCGAGAAAUUGAGGAGAACUCACGGCUUCUGGAAAACAUGACAGAGGUGGUUCGGAAAGGGAUUCAGGAAGCUCAGGUUCAGCUGCAGAAGGCAAAUGAGGAGCGACUUCUGGAAGAGGGGGUGUUGCGGCAGAUCCCCGUCGUAGGGUCCGUCCUGAACUGGUUUUCUCCAGUACAGGCUUCACAGAAGGGGAGAACCUUUAACUUAACAGCAGGCUCCCUGGAGUCCACGGAGCACACCUACGUCUAUAAGGUACAAGGCACGGGAGUCACACCGCCGCAGACCCCCUCGGGCACCCGCACGAAGCAGAGACUUCCAGGUCAGAAGCCUUUUAAGAGGUCCCUAAGAGGUUCUGAUGCUCUGAGCGAGACAAGCUCGGUCAGCCACAUUGAAGACUUAGAAAAGAUGGAGCAUCUGACCGGUGGGCCAGAGCAAGAUGCCCUGGAGACCAGCAGCCCCGAGCCCCACCCUGGGGCUCCCACCCUGCAGGACACCGAGCAGACAGGGGCCCUCCAGAACGGGGCCCAGCACACAGAAGAUGACCGUCCACAGGUAGAAGAACUGGAGAGCUUAAGAUAAAAUUCACUGUUUUGCUUUGAGACUGUACUGAGUAUUGUUUCAGGGAAGAUGAAGUUAUACUGAAAAUGUGAACCGUGCCACGUGCUAAUGCAAGAGAAAUUACUGUUAUUUGUGCUUAACUGGGAUUUUUUGCACAAAUACGUGCCUGAAAGCCAGGCUUUUUAGAAGGGCAAUUGACUUGUCUAAUUCCACUAGUAUGCGGAGCAACUACUGUUGUUUCUGUCUACCCAGCUGUCAUUAAUGCCGUUUUUCCCCCGUUACCAUAAACACUUGGAUUCACAAAGAACACUUAGAAUUUCAAGUGCCUGCCACUUGAAACACUUGCGGUUACCGUUCUGAACGUAAGUGUAAGACGUUGUAUGAGGUUACGUAUAACUUUUUGUUAAGACAGCUUUCUUUACAACUCUCUGGGUUCUCUGCUGUACUGCUGCUCGGGAGAGACAGCUGGCUUUCCAUGUUGGAAUUGGUGUUCAGUUUGGGCAGGUUGUGUGGAUUUGGCUUGAAGGAGAACGGGAUUCAGUGGGAUUGAAAGAGAGCUCACGCCCACCAUCCCCCCUGCUGCUUCCUCGGGGGGCGUGGGGGCGGGGAAGCCCCCCUGCCGCAGAUCCACUUCUCCCUUUAUGUACUAUUUGUAAACAAAUUAAAGGACUAUCUAUGAAGAGUAACUGUAAAACUCUUGACCAUAUACAUGUAUAUUUUUAAAUAUUGGUAAAGCUUUUAAAUUGGCACACAGUACAGACUGUGCUCAUUUCUAUGUUUAAUAUCCGAAAACCUGAUAGAGAUGCUACUCUUAACCUAAUUAUUAACUACGCUGUGUAGCACCCAGUUAAGUUUCAAUUCUUAAAUAAGUAUCCCUUUGACCCAUUUGACAUGGGAGCUUCUGUGGCUUCUCCCCACUAGCAACUCACCCCUUUGGGCCCAGCUCAGAAACAAGAACCAGGAAAGUCAUCUUGCUCAGGCUAGUCAAGCCAGACCACUGCAGAAACAACUGGAAGCCCUUAAAUACUGCCUGUUUUUACUUUUCUAGAAGUACCGCGUCUCCUCAUUUAUCCUAGCUAAUGGCCCCUGUGCCUUUAGUCCAGCCAAGUCAAGCUACGGGACACCUCAAGAUAGUGGGGUUUCACACUGGGUUUGUGAACUGUCAUGUUGGAAGCCUUAGUUACACCAUAUUAAGCCUAUAAUUAGACUCUGAUUGGAUGUGAUCUCCUACAUUUGGCACUUGUCAAAAUGCAAUUUUUGUGUGUGUGCAGAUGAUUAAAGUCUUCCCUGUUUAUUUGGUGCAAUGAAGUAUAGCAGAUAAAAUGGGGAAAGGGGAAAUUAUCACCUUUAACAAGAUUAAUUUUUAAAUGUUUUUAUAUAUAUUUGGAAUUGUUAAAUUGGUUUUGCUGAAACAGAAUUUCACCCUUAAGACACUAUUUGAAUGUUGGUUUCAAUAAAGGUUCUUGAAAUUGUUA